AUUGCUGCCACCGGCUCAGCCCAGCCGCAUCCCAAAGCAGAGGCGGCAGCGAGCUCCAGCCGCGUCGCAGCUCCCUGCCGCAGAGAGGCCGGCGGCAGGCGCCACCGCGAGGGACCUGGCCCGGCGCCGCCCGCGUCUCUCGCGCGCAGCUGGGGUCAUGAUAUACUGGAAACCACACAAGAUUAGACUGGGGAGGCAGAAACCAUAAAGCCCCUGAGACCAGAGAAGAAAGAUAAAGGAAAGACCCCCUUUUGGCCUCACCUUUCAGCUGUCUUAGAAACAACAGCACAUUUUAACCACAGAUUUCACCUGGGCCACGGGCCACCAUGGAUGUGCACCCUGAUGCCCCUGGGGGUCAAAAGAAACCAAAGGACAACAGCAUGGGAGGCAGCAGCCCGGGAGCCCAGCAAGAUUCUGUGAUGAGGACAGAUUCAUCGGAGAUGACUGAUGUGGAAUCUGUGAUCACUAGCUUCGCGUCUUCAGCAAGGGCAGGCCGUCGCAAUGCCUUACCCGACAUCCAGAGUUCACUGGCUACAGGUGGAUCCUCUGAUCUUCCGCUGAAGCUGGAGGCGUUGGCCAUGGAGGAAGAUGCAAAAACGAAGAAUGAAGAGAAAGACCAAGGCCAACCCAAAAAGCCCCUAAAUGAAGAAAAAUGAAGGCUUAGCAUUUAUCAAGGGUGUUGUUGAUUUUAUGCGUAUUGAGAGACAUAGCAGCUAUGCAUUCCUGGGGUGUGUGAUUCAUGGUAACUCGUGUGUGUGUGUGUGUGUGUGUGUGUGUGUGUGUUUUGUUGUGAUGCUCUGUACUUAAACUGCAGCCAUGAUACCAAAAUAGGUUAUUAAAAGGUAUUACCUUCAAAUUGAACCCAAGGAAGGACACACUGUUCAUACCCCAACAAAAUUCACUGUGUAUUUUGGGAUUUACUUAGAUGUAUGUUUAAGUCUGUCUUAGUGAGUUAGAAUAUUUUUCUUGAUAUGUAUAGACCAAAACCUAUUAAUUUAAUACUUUGUAGAAUUUGUAGGAAAUUAUAUUUUUUUUUGGUGAGAAGGACUUAGUAGUAAAAAAUCACACUUAUAAUAUGUGCUUAUUUUUAAUUAAAAUUGCACCAUAUUUUCCGAAAGAUAUUAGGAGAGAUCUGGAAAUAUUGUAAAAGUUGUAACAACUUAAAUAUCUCUAGGAUGUUUUUGUCUAAUGUGUUUUGCAUCCAGUCUGUAUGUACUGUAAUUUUUCAUAUGAAUCCCCAUGACAUAAAAUUUGUGACAAACUUGCUCAUCUGAAACAUGUGUAUUGAAUAAAUCUC